UUAAUGAUUGAUUUUAUCCGGUGCUUUCCUCCGCGUCCUUUGCUCUAGCCCCUAGUUCCUGGCUCUUUGCUUUGAGUCAGUUUCAGGCGGGUGGAAACUGACCAAGAAUUAAGCAAACAAAAGAUUCCAAAAGAAUCCUGGCAGAGGGGUUCCUCCACUACCUUUUUGAUUCCUCUCAGCUUCCCUCCGCAGGCAGUGAGGAAGGUUGUUUUUUGGGGUGUGGGGGGUGUGGGGAGGGAGGACAAGUGUUCAAGCCAAGGGUUCGGGGGCCCAAAGAAACUUCCCCAAGCCCCUCCUUUUUCACUGGAUCCAGGUUUGCUUCAUGUUCUGUUUUGAACUGAAAGUUCACGUGAAUUUUCCGGAGGUCUUGUGUAAGCCUUGGAUUGUUGUUGUUUUUUUUUUUUUCCCCCGGAUCUUGUUGGGAAGUGGGAGGGAGGUGUCCACCCUUGGAUUUAUUUCAGCCUUGUUAGGUUUUCCUUUUGCCCCUCUUGGGCUUUUUGGAAUUUUUUUAAACCCAGUUCCUAAGAAGAGGAAAGGAAAGAAAGCAAAAUAUCCUUAAGUAAUCCCCCACAAGAAAACCAACCAGUGAGUAACUUUUGGAGGAAGCUAACUGUUAGUUACUUUUCAUUUUAAACUAUUUUUUUUUCUGGGGGCACUGUUCUCACUUAAAGUGCAUUAUUUGGCCUCCUGGCCCCUGUUUUACAGUGCUGGUAUCUAGGUGUGAUUUUUUUUUUUUUGUCUUUUUGGGAGGCUUAGGGAGGAAAGAGAUGUAAAAUUGCAGCCCAGAGCUGGCUGUGGGAAAACAAGAGGCCAGAUGGAGACUGUGAGAUGAGUACCUAAUGGGUGAUGUUGUCCUGGCAAGACCCCCUUCUCUGGCCUGUAUUGUCACCUAGAACCAAACCAGAGCCCUACUGGAGCAGACUGUUUGAACCCCUCUCUGGGCUAUGUCACUUUCCACCAAGGGGGUGAGACUGUGUGGAAUGCAAGGGCCAUUCUUGAACUUCUGGCCUGUGUUGAGGGUAAAGGGGCAAGAUUGUUGUGAAUCCUUGGCAACGGUGUGUGUGUGUUUCUGGAUGUGCAUGUCAGAAGGCCCUGUCUCUACUUGAGUUUACUUGGGGUCUGAGCUGCACCCUCUUCCUCCCUGCCUUUCCCCUAGACUUUCCUUCCCUAUCAAAAACAAACCCAACCCCAACCAUGGCAUUGAAAGGCCGAGCACUUUAUGACUUCCAGAGUGAAAACAAAGAGGAGAUCAGCAUCCAACAGGAUGAGGAGCUGGUGGUCUUCACCGAGACCUCCUUGGAUGGCUGGCUUCAGGGGAAGAACAGCCGGGGGGAGACUGGGCUCUUCCCUGCCUCCUACGUGGAGAUCCUUCGAUCUCGUUGUGAUUCCAACUAUACAGACUAUUCAAACAGUCCAGCCAGCUCUCCCAGCAAUGAGACUUCUUUCUACGUCACCCCUGUGGUCAACACAGGCAUCAUGUCUCACCAGGGCAGCUUUGAGGAUGAUGAUGAGGACUGGGAUGAUUGGGAUGAUGGGGGCACCGUGGUGGAGGAGCCACGGGGUGUUGGGCUGGGUACCAACGGGCACCCCCCUCUCAACCUGUCCUAUCCCGGUGCCUAUCCCAACCAACAUAUUAGCUUCCGGCCCAAGCCACCCCUAGAGCGCCAGGACAGCACUGCCUCUGGCAAGCGGGGUAGCGUGGUGGGGCGCAAUCUGAACCGCUUCUCCUGUUUCGUCCGCUCUGGUGUGGAGGCCUUCAUCCUGGGCGACGUGCCCAUGAUGGCCAAGAUUGCUGAGGCCUACUACAUUGAAAUGGGUCCCAAAGGCCCUCAGUGGAAGGCCAGCCCCCACCCCUUCGCCUGCUCUGUGGAAGACCCCACCAAGCAGACCAAAUUCAAGGGGAUCAAAAGCUACAUCUCCUAUAAACUCACGCCCAGCCACGUGGGCUCGCCCGUCUACCGGCGCUACAAGCACUUCGACUGGCUCUACAACCGGCUGCUGCACAAGUUCACGGUGAUCUCGGUGCCGCACCUGCCCGAGAAGCAGGCCACGGGCCGCUUCGAGGAGGACUUCAUCGAGAAGCGCAAGCGCAGGCUGAUCCUGUGGAUGGACCAUAUGACCAGCCACCCCGUGCUGUCCCAGUACGAGGGCUUCCAGCACUUUCUCAGCUGCCUGGACGACAAGCAGUGGAAGAUGGGCAAGCGGCGGGCCGAGAAGGACGAGAUGGUGGGGGCCAGCUUCCUCCUGACCUUCCAGAUCCCCACCGAGCACCAGGACCUCCAGGACGUGGAGGACCGCGUGGACGCCUUCAAGGCCUUCAGCAAGAAGAUGGACGACAGCGUGCUGCAGCUGGCCAACGUGGCCUCGGAGCUGGUGCGCAAGCACAUCGGGGGCUUCCGGAAGGAGUUCCAGAAGCUGGGCAGCGCCUUCCAGGCCAUCAGCUACUCCUUCCAGCUGGACCCCCCCUACAGCUCGGACGCCCUCAACAACGCCAUCUCCCACACGGGCAAGACCUACGAGACCGUGGGGGAGAUGUUUGCCGAGCAACCCAAGAACGACCUCUUCCAAAUGCUGGACCGCCUCUCGCUCUACCAGGGCCUGCUCUCCAAUUUUCCUGACAUUAUCCACCUGCAGAAAGGUGCCUUUGCCAAGGUCAAAGAGAGCCAACGCAUGAGCGACGAGGGCAAGAUGGACCAGGACGAGGCCGACGGGAUCCGCAAGCGCUGCCGUGUGGUGGGCUUCGCCCUACAGGCCGAGAUGAACCAUUUCCACGAGCGCCGGGUGCUGGACUUCAAGCACAUGAUGCAGUCCUACCUACGGCAGCAGAUUCUCUUUUACCAGCGGGUCAGCCAGCAACUGGAGCAGACCUUGCGCAUGUACGACAGCCUCUAACCCUGUCCCCUGUGCCUCUCCUGCUGAGCCUCUGCUCCAGCCUUCCCCUCCCCCAGUGCAGUUCUCAGCAGCACAGACGUCUGCUCAGGUGUAGAGAGAGAGCCUCCGGGGGCUUCCGGAGUCCCAAUUUCCCCUGUCCCUUUGGCAUGGUUAACCAGUCCCUCUGCCCCUCUCCUUUGUAGGUGUAUGUUCGCCCAGGGGUGAUCUGACUUCAUGGCAUGGGUGUAAAGGAGAUCAGUCCCCUCCUGGGAGGCUCGCACAGUGACUGCCCUGGUCCCCAGUUAGAGCAGGGCCCAUCUCUCCCUGCUUUGAAAAAGGGAACGAGAGUAGGGUGAGAGCGAUCUGGUUUUCAGUUUUGAGUGACCCGACUUCCUCAUCAUUAGAAGUGGGAACAGAGGCAGAUAGGGGAGGGAGCCUGUGGAGAUUAGAAGUGGGAGCAGAGGCAGAUAGGGGAGGGAGCCUGUGGAGACCAAAGGCCGUGGUGGCCUAGAGAGAGAACCCAGGAGAGCCUAGUUCCCCGGCCCUAAAUCCUUACCUGAACAAAAUGAUGGGACCUGGUGAAGCAGGGUCAUUGCUAGACAUCCCUGGAUAGGGUUAUGGGGCAAAUCCAAGCAUCCCCUUCUUUCUGCUGAAAACCUUAGGGCUUCUUCACCUGUCUUCCCCCUGAACCACAGCCACUGUCUACUCAUGGCACGGAUUCUGGACGACGGCUUCCCUUUGUGAUGGGGAAUCUAGCCAAAGCCCAGAGGAGGGAUGAAGACUGGGGGCUGAGAAAGCUGCCCGGUCUCUAACUCUUCCUUUUUGUAGUCCUGUUCCCGCUGGCCAAUGGGUCAGGGGACACUGCAAUCCCUCCUAACACCAGGCCCCUUGGUGGGGUUUUGCCAGGGGCCCCUAAGGCCCAGGUGAGGUCUGUCCCUGGUUUGACUCCAUCCUUCUUCUCACCUCCCAACCCCCCAAGGUUGUGAGGCCCCCUGUGGGAGCUGCCUGGGCACUAGCCCCGAUCGACAUGCUUGGCGGUCCUCUGCACCCUGAACCCAUGCUCCAUACCCAUAGAUAACCCUGGCUCAUACUCUGGAACUGAACUUCCCUGAUAUUUGUGCCCACCAGCAUAUAACCCACGGGAUCAGAGCCCAGAUAGCAUAGAUUCCACAAGGCCUUAAAAGACCCCUUGAGUGCCUUUUGAUCCCCUUAAACCUCAAGCAUGGAGAGAAGCUGCCAGCUCUGCCUGCUGGUGAAUGGAAGAGAAUCUGUGGGACAGAAGGGAGAACAGGGGAGCUCAGCUCCCCUCAGAGCCCUCCUGGUGCCCAUCCCCUCUUCUCGCACGCACUGUGAUGCCAGCCUGGCGUCCCCAAGGUCUGGCAGAGAUGGCUCUGGUCGUUGUUUACAUCCCAGUGGGAGCUGCCCACAUACCCUGUAGGUUUUGGGGGGGUGGAGAGGGGGGAGGGGUGCUGCCUGACCGUGGCCACACAGGCAGAUGUGGGCCAUGGCUUGGGGCGCCCCUGUAGGCCUCAGACAGCCCCUCUCGCUUUUUGUUUUUUUUUUUCUCAAAAGAACUUUUACAAUUAAAACAGCAGAGUUACAUUUUUUCCUAAGUGUUGCCCUCUUCCUCAGUCCCUCUGCUGAUAGAUCAGUGUGGGAGCUAGAGAAGGGAUGGAAGGGAGGGGGAGAGAUGGGGCACAAAAGUGCCCUUCUCUGGCAGUAGUGGCUCAUGCUUUGGUUUCUGGAGUGGGUAGCAGAAUCAGUCAGCUCCGCAGGGAGGAAGGAGAUUGGGAAGGAAGGGAAUGGAUCCUCUUCGUGCCUGUGUGAGAGAAGCCUAUGGCCCUGGGUCCAGUCCCUCCCCCAACCACGGAGAUAAAAUGGGCUCUCUGGCCGGAUUUGCAGGGAGGGAAGGGCGAAAGAUUAGGAAACAGUCAAAAUCCAUGGGGUCAAUUCAUUUUAUUGGGGGCCACCGUAUUCAGCUACACUUUGAAGGAGACAAGAAGAUUCGAGCCUCGGAUCUUGGCCUCAAGGUCGAUGUCCAGUUGGGGGGGUGUAUGAAACAUUUUGGAGAACGGUACAAGAUGGCUCGCUGUAUGUGGUACCAGGCCUGUGGCUGAACAGACACAUAGAAGUGUGGCAGGAGGAGUUCCAGCUUUGCCAUUCAUUACUCUGAUAACCUUGGAUCAGUCACUCUUGGCCUCAGUUUCUUUAUUUGUCAAGUGCAAGGGGCCUUAUUUCUAAGCAUCUUCGAGCUAAAGGAACUGGGAUUAUACAGGUGCCUUGAGGACUGCAGAUUGACACAUGUGGAGCUAGAAGGAAAUCUCAAAGGGUGUCCAACCCUCUCAUUUUAUGGGUGAGAAAGCUGAGGCCCAGGGAGGUUGUGAUUUGCCAGAGUUACCCUGGUAGUAGAGGCCAAAGAAGAGGAAGAUAGUAUGGAUUGGCUUCUUGGAGGGGUAGGGCUUGAGCUGGCCCCUCAACAAUGAAUUCAGUUUGGCUAGGCACAGGGGAGGGGACUCCAGGCUGGGAUAUGGUAUAAAGAAUGGAGGCUGGGGUGGGCAAGGAGGGAGAUUAUAAAGGGGAACUGGCAUUGUGCUGUCAGCCUCUAAUAGGAAAGAUGGAGCUUCUUUUCCAUUAAACAAAUGAAAAACUAAGAGCUUUCUUUGCUCCAUGCUGACGUUACAAACAUUAAAAAAAAAAAUCAAACAGUUCCUGGCCCCAGGGAAAAGGGGAUAUGCCAUGAGCUCAGAUGGGCAUAAUAUACGGUGUAGGGUGUAAUUGGAGCAAGUUUGAGGAAAGAUCACCCUUUGAGCUGGGAAGGAGGGGGAAUGUGGAAUGGCUUGGGGGCUGGGCAGCCACCGGAGCUGAGCCUCGAUAUGAAACAGAAAAAGAUCUGGAUGGGGGGUGGUCAUUGAACUUGGUUCCAAGUUAUCAGCUCAGCCACGGCUAGUUCCCUGUGUCACCAUGGCUAAGUCAUUUAACUUCCCGGUGUCCCUUGUUUUCCACCCCCGAAAUGAGGGGGUGGAUUUCUGGAGGAAUGUGGGACCCAGAAUGGGAAAGGGUGAAUAUAGUGGUUCCCAAAGGAA